AUGGGGCUAUCACUGAGCUUGUGGACUAGUCGCAUGCUUUCGAAACGAGUAAUUCUCUUCAUGUUUCAUAUCUUGGUUAUUGCCAACUCUUUACACUCUCUGCAGCAGCCAUCAUCUUCCUGCCAUGACGAGGAGAGCUUCGCCUUGCUCCAGUUUAAGCAAAGCUUUGUCAUCAACGAAUCUGCUUCUGUUGGUGAGGGUGCUUAUCCAAAGGUUUUGUCAUGGAAACCAGCUGCUGCUAAAGGAUGCUGCUCAUGGGACGGGGUCGAGUGUGAUGAGAAGACAGGUCAUGUGAUUGGACUUGAUCUUAGUAGUAGCUGUCUCUCCGGCUUUAUCAGCUCCAACAACACCCUCUUCCACCUUGUUUAUCUUCAGAGCCUGAACCUUGCCGACAAUGACUUCAAUCAAUCUCAAAUUCCUACUACCAUCAGGAAUUUUCCAAUGCUCCGUUAUCUCAACCUUUCUGGCAGUUUCUUUUCUGGUCAAAUCCCAUCUGAAAUUUCUCACUUGCCCAGAUUGUUGUCGCUGGAUCUAUCCUCCAGUAUUUAUAGGAGUAACGGUGAAAGAUCACUGAAGCUAAACCAGUCUGAUCUAAGAAGGCUAGUUCAAAACUUAACUAGUCUUGAAAAGCUUCAUCUCAGCUCCGUCACCAUUUCUGCACCAGUACCCGAUUCCAUUGCAAAUUUAUCAUUACUGACAUCUCUCCUCCUAGAGAAUUGUGAACUUCUAGGUGAAUUCCCGGUGAGUAUUUUGAAAUUACAGAAUUUAAAAUUUCUUAAUGUAGAAGCCAAUCCAGAUCUCACAGUUUCUUUGCCAGUAUUUCAACAAACUAGUCCUCUCAUGUCACUGAGAGUUUCCGGAACAAGGUUUUCAGGAGACCUCCCUUCUUCAAUUGAAAAGCUUGAUUCAUUGAUUGAGUUGGUUGCUGGUGGAUGCAAUUUUUCAGGGUUGCUUCCAUCUUCACUCGGUAAUCUUAGGCAGCUGGUUUAUUUAGACCUUUCAAAUAACACACUUUCUGGCUCAAUCCCUGAUUCUUUGGCGACCCUUACCCAACUGUCACAUCUGUCACUUGAUGAUAAUCAGUUCAGUGGUUACAUCCCAUCUUCUCUAGGAAACCUUACCCAGCUCACUGAGUUAGACCUUUCUGGUAAUCAUUUCGGGGGUUCCAUCCCGUCUUCCAUUGGAAAUCUCAACCAGCUCGUAAGACUUUCGCUUUCUAUGAAUCAAUUAACUGGGCCAAUCCCCUCUUCACUAGGAAAUCUUAGCAAGCUAACUUACUUGGAUCUUUCGUCAAAUAAUUUGCACAGUUCCAUUCCUGAGCCCUUAUUCAAUCUCACGAAUCUCGAGAUGCUUCAUCUAGAGAGUAAUAGUCUGAGCGGCAAAGUGAAUUUCAACAUGUUUCUAAAGCUGCAAAAUCUCGUCAGACUGCAUUUAUCUGGAAAUAAAUUGGAAUUAUUGCUCAAAGAGACAAGAUUUAUGAAUGCAACAACAACUUUUCCAAAGUUCAUAGCUCUGGGAUUGGGUUCUUGCAACAUAACAGAGUUCCCAAGUUUCCUAAGAUAUCAACAAAAUUUGCGAUGGCUGGAUCUUGCUGGGAAUGGAAUGCACGGCCAAGUACCGAGAUGGAUGUGGAAUGUAAGCACAGAAAGUUUGACACUCAUGAACAUUUCUCAUAACUUCCUUUCCGGCUUUGACCAUCCUCCAGUUGUUCUUUCGUGGAGCGGCCUACAACUCUUGGAUCUUUCGUACAACAUGAUUCAGGGAUCAGUACUGAUACCUUCACCAUCCAUCGAGUACUAUCUAAUUUCAGACAACGGGCUAAGUGGACAAGUUUCACCUUUGAUUUGCAAUCUGACUUCUCUGAAGUACCUUGGUUUGUCAAACAACAAGUUGAGUGGGAUGCUUCCGCAGUGUCUCGGGAACUUCAGUGAUAAUUUGAGAGUUUUAGACCUUAGAAAGAACUCUUUUGAAGGCCAUCUCCCGCAAACAUACACGAGAAAUCUGACGAUGUUUGAUGUUAGUGAUAACAAAUUGCAGGGGAUAUUACCAAGGUCGUUGGCGAAUUGUGUGAUGCUCCAGUUUCUUGUUCUGUCAAACAAUGAAUUCAAUGAUGUUUUCCCCUUUUGGUUGGGGACUCUCCCGGAGUUGAAACUUUUGGCAAUGCACCAUAAUGCGUUCCACGGUGUGAUUGAGAAACCUGAAAAGAAUCUUGAUCAUUUUCUUGAGUUGCGCAUUCUUGAUCUAUCUGCCAAUAAUUUCUCAGGCAACUUCCCCUUUGAAUACAUCUUCUCUGGAAAUGCAAUCAAAGGUACCGAUUCGUAUCGGUUCAGAUACAUGAGGUUGAAUACAACCUCAGAUUAUGGUUAUGGUCCUUCAUAUGUUGGCGGGUAUUGCUCCUUCACUUUGACAAAUAAAGGUGUGAACAUAUUCUAUCCCAAGAUUCCAGAGAACUUGGCAGCCAUUGACAUCUCAAGCAACAGAUUUGAAGGGAGGGUUCCUGAAUUCAUUGGGGCCCUGACGGGGCUUCGGUUGCUCAAUUUGUCCAACAACAUUCUCACUGGUUUGAUCCCCUCAUCCUUGGGAAAAUUAAAGUUGCUUGAAUCGUUGGACCUUUCACAGAACAAACUCUCAGGGGAGAUCCCUCGACAACUGACACAGAUUUCAUUCCUUGCAAAAUUCGAUGUCUCUCACAACAAUCUCAGUGGUCCUAUUCCUCGUGGAACCCAGUUUGCUACAUUUGAGAGUACUUCAUAUGAAGGAAACCUGGGGUUGUGUGGAGAUCCUUUGCCAAAGAAAUGUGGCAAUGAAGCUCCUCAUCAAUUGCCACCUUCAACAAAAGAAGAAAAUAGUUCUGAUUUUGGAAAUGAAUUGGAUUGGAUAUUUGUUCUGGCAGGAUCUGUGAGUGGGUUGCUAGUUGGAGUGGUUCUUGCAGACGUCCUCUUCACAAGGAAGCACGAGUAUUUCCUUAAGAUUGUGGGGAUACUAAUCAGACUAAUGAAAAGGAAGAGUGAGAAGAGGACUCGGAGAAAUUGA